AUGGUGGCAGACGGCGGCGGCUGUGCUGACGGCGGAGGUGGUUCAGACGGCGGCGGCCGUGCAGACGGCAGCGGCUGUGGAGCUCGGCGGCGGCCGUGCAGACGGCGACGGUCGUGGGCUGCUAAAGGCGGUGGCGGGGCAGGUGGUGGCUGUGGUUGGCAGGUGGUGGCUGUGGUUGGCGGUGGGCCGAAGUUGCUGUGCAGGGGCUGGUGUUGGUGGUGGCGUGCGGGAGCAGGUGGUGCUGACGGCGGCAGGUGUGGUUGCUGCGGCGGCGGCGGCUGUGUGGCGGCGGCAGCGGUGAUAGUGAUGGAUGUUGGUGGUGGUGUGGUGGUUAUGGGGAAUGGGAGGGAGGCGUGA